CCUCUGCAGCAAGAUUCAGAAGAUAUUCAAUCGGUCGCGCACAAUGGUUGCAAGUAUCCCGUCCGUGAAGCUCAAUGACGGAACCAGGAUUCCAAUUCUCGGCUACGGCAGUGGCACAAAAUGGUUCAAACGAGGAGAAAGCACCGGCCUAGACCGAAAUCUCGUCGAUGCGACCAAGAAUGCCAUCAAGUUGGGAUAUCACCAUCUUGACGGGGCGGAGGUUUACGGGACAGAAGAAGAACUUGGAAUUGCGAUCAAAGAAAGUAGCGUUUCGAGAGACCAGCUCUAUGUGACGACGAAAGUGAUCACCAACAUCUCUGAUAUCCCGAAGGCGAUUGACGAGAGUUUGAGGAAAUUGCAGCUGGACUAUGUUGACCUAUACCUUAUUCACUCCCCCUUCUUUGCAAAAUCUGACGAAGAUUUGCAAAAAGCAUGGGCCGAAAUGGAAAAGGUCAAGGAAUCCGGUAAAGCACGAUCAAUUGGUGUAUCAAACUGGCUCCAAAACCACCUCGAAGCCGUCCUAAAGACAGCCAAGAUUGUGCCGUCCGUUAACCAAAUCGAAUAUCACCCCUAUCUCCAGCACAGUGGUCUACUCGAUUUCCACCAAUCCAAGGGCAUCACCACCACUGUGUAUGCACCCUUAACUCCUGCAACGAGAGCAAAGGGUGGUCCGGUGGAUAGCAUUCUGGACAGUCUAGCUAAGAAAUACAACACCACUGAGGGUAACGUCUUGCUUCGGUGGGCUAUCGACCAGGGCGCAGUUCCCAUAACCACCAGUUCGAAAGAAUCGCGCCUGGCCGAGUACCUUGAAACGUUGAAGUUUAAGCUGACUCCGGAAGAAGUUGAAGAAAUCAAGAAGCUGGGCGAACAAAAGCAUUUUAGAGCUUUCUGGACAGAUAAAUUUGCUGCUGACGAUCGAUCAUAG